AUGGAUCUCAUGAAUAAAUCCAUAGUUUCUGAAUUUGUUUUGUUGGGUCUCUCUGGAUCAUGGACACUUCAGAUUUUCUAUUUUUUUAUCUUUUUCAUGCUCUAUGGUGCAACUGUAGUGGGGAACCUCCUCAUUAUGGUCACAGUGACUUUUAGUUCCCAUCUAAACUCUCCAAUGUACUUCCUCCUUGGCAACCUCUCCUUUUUUGAUAUGUGCCUCUCUACUGUCACUACACCCAAGAUGAUUGCAGAUUUGUUAAGGAAAGAGAGAACCAUAUCUUUAUGGGGAUGUAUGACUCAAAUGUUCUUCAUGCAUUUAUUUGGGGGUGCUGAGAUGACUCUCCUCAUUGCUAUGGCCUUUGACAGAUACGUUGCCAUAUGCAAACCUCUUCAUUACACAUCCAUCAUGAGCCGUCGCCUACUAUAUGGUUUUGUGUUAUUCUCUUGGAUAAUUGGUUUUACACACACUAUGAGUCAAAUUGUUUUAACUGUAAACUUGCCCUUUUGUGGACCCAAUGUUGUGGACAAUCUUUUCUGUGACCUUCCCCUAGUGAUCAAACUUGCCUGUAAGGACACCUACGUCCUUGAACUCUUUGUUAUUGCUGACAGCGGACUACUCUCACUUAUUUGUUUCAUUCUGUUGCUUGUGUCUUACACUGUCAUUCUGGUCACUGUCCAUAAUCACUCAUCUGGUGGGCUCUCCAAAGCUCUGUCUACAUUGUCUGCUCAUAUCACUGUGGUGACUCUUUUCUUUGGGCCAUGUAUUUUCAUUUAUGCUUGGCCAUUCAGUAACUUUUCAGGGACUAAAAUUCUUUCUGUGUUUUAUACUGUUAUUACACCCUUAUUAAACCCCAUUAUCUAUACCUUAAGGAAUCAGGAGAUGAAGGUGGCCAUGAAAAAACUGAGAAUGCAGCAUGUUAGCUUCAGAUAA